UCUCUCUCUCUCUCUCCCUCUCUCGCCCAGUAUCUCUCCUCCCACCUGUCUCUUGCACACUCGGUGCUCACUUGCUGCCACAUGCUCUCUGCCCUCCAGCUUCUUCAUUGAAGAGUUUACCUUCUCUCCUCCUUUGUCCUUAUUUCUGAUUGUUAAGAUGAACUUUUUCUCACUCUAUCAUCUCUCUCUAACUUGCUCUGUAUCCUCCCUUUUCCAUCCUGUUUAAACUCACAUCAAACCAUCUUUAACCCAAGAAGUCCCUCUUCCUGAGUUAUUCCCUCACUCGACUCUCUUUGCUUCUCUUAUACCUUUAGCUCUGCCUCCCCUGCUCCAUCUUAAUGUGGGGUGCUUGAAUUUAGUUCACCUUGAAUUGUGGGCUCUGUGGCCUGAGGAUGUCGGCCCUGCAGAAGUUGGAGAGCUUUGCCUCACGGGUGUUCAGUCGUGGACCCCGCAGCCCAGCCCCGGGGAGAGAGGCAGGGCUCCCCACCAGCCCUCAGACACCCACCCUGCCAAACAGCGUGCUGUGCUGGGACCGGGAGAUGAAAGAAUUCCUGGCAAAAGCGAAGGAAGACUUUCUGAAAAAAUGGGAAAACCCAGCACAGAACACUGCUCACUUAGACCAGUUUGAACGCAUUAAGACUCUGGGCACAGGUUCAUUUGGUCGAGUGAUGCUCGUCAGACACAAAGAAAAUGGCCAUCAUUAUGCCAUGAAGAUCCUGGACAAGCAGAAGGUGGUUAAAUUGAAGCAGAUUGAGCAUACGUUGAAUGAAAAGCGCAUCUUGCAGGCUGUAAAUUUCCCAUUCCUUGUCCUCCUGGAGUAUUCAUUCAAGGAUAACACUAACCUAUACAUGGUCAUGGAGUAUGUAGCCGGUGGCGAGAUGUUCUCUCACUUGCGUAGAAUCGGACGCUUCAGUGAACCUCAUGCACGUUUCUAUGCAUCUCAGAUUGUAUUAACCUUUGAAUAUCUGCACUCCUUGGAUCUUAUAUACCGAGACCUAAAGCCAGAAAAUCUGCUCAUAGACCAGCAGGGAUACAUACAGGUGACAGAUUUUGGCUUUGCCAAGAGAGUGAAAGGAAGGACCUGGACUCUUUGCGGGACUCCAGAGUAUCUGGCACCUGAAAUUAUUCUUAGCAAGGGGUACAAUAAAGCUGUGGAUUGGUGGGCCCUUGGGGUGCUGAUAUAUGAAAUGGCUGCUGGGUAUCCUCCAUUUUUUGCCGAUCAGCCCAUUCAGAUCUAUGAAAAGAUAGUAUCUGGGAAGGUUCGAUUUCCCUCUCACUUCAGCUCUGAUUUGAAGGAUCUCCUAAGAAACCUUUUGCAAGUCGAUCUUACCAAGCGAUUUGGAAACCUGAAAAACGGGGUCACAGACAUAAAGGGCCACAAAUGGUUCAGUACCACGGACUGGAUUGCAGUCUACCAAAAGAAGGUGGAAGCUCCUUUCAUCCCCAAAUGUAAGGGCCCUGGUGACACCAGUAAUUUUGAUGACUAUGAGGAGGAAGAAAUCAGAGUCUCCAUCACAGAUAAGUGCGCCAAAGAGUUCUCGGAGUUCUAAUGAAUGCAUUUGGAGGAGCCAUCACAGAAGACUCCUCUCAUUCACAAGAGAUCGAUGAAGAGCGCGCCGCUGACAGGCACACAAACUUCUCCCUUCUUUCACACUCCCCCCACCUCUCUACCUUGUAUUAGUGGUGCAGAUUUGAAUUGGCGGCCAUCUUAUUUUAUCCUGGAUCUGGUGGUGCUGGUUUUGAUUGGUCCUGGAGAUCUCCCCCAGUCUCUCUCAUCCCCUGCUUCCCCAUGCUUUACUUUUUCUCCUUGACAGACAAGAGGGGCCAAGAGAGUUAUUUAAAUGUGACUGGUUCUUCAGGGGUUGAGUUAGAACUUUAGGGGCAGGGCAUCAUCUCUCAGUGAUGGAGCCGUUAUUUAUGUUUUUUUUUUUUUUUUUUUUAAAAACCAUUUUCAUGUCAAGAGCCUUGCUUACAGGUUUUUAAUUAUUAAUUUACAUAGUAUAUACAUAUUGAACUGUUUUAACCUCCAUUCUCACUUUAGCCCCAUCACGUGCCCCGCAUCUGUGUCAUGGGGGACUUUUAAACUUAAAGUGCCAGUUUUUAUUACCCCCGCUCCCCCCCACACACACACACACAAUCACACCUCACUUUUUUUUCCACACACAUACAUUUUGCCUCUGAUAGCCCUCUUCUUUCAUCAUUGACACCAUAACCACCUUCUGACAGGUCCUCUCAGCUGAGAACCAUUCAUCUGUUUGACCCAUUAAAGAGAGGUGUUGUAGAUAUAUUGUGAAAGUUAUUCAACGUAUGUGUCAGAUUUUUGUUAAUAUUCUUUAGGGCAUUAUUGGAGUGUAACAAACUUUCUGGAAUGUCCUACUGCCUGUUAUAAAUUGGGAUGCCCUGUGUGAUCAUGGCCUCUUAAUAUUAUUUAACUUGUAGACCAUAUUCUCAGUAGUGCAUUGUUUUUUUUCCAUCCCUUUUUUUAUAUAUUUAUAUAUAUAUUUGGUUGUUUUUUGUUUUGGGCUUUUUUUUUUAUAUUUUCCCUGUUCUACUUUGGGGAAAACACUCAGUUAAUGGUUCUCUACAACUGCUUUUAGAAGUGAUAAUUUGUAUAAUAAAUACUCUCCGUAA